GGCGUUCCAUCUCAGCGGACACGAUGAAUCGGCGAUCCAAUAACAGCCAAAGUAGGGACUCGAGCAACGCGGAAAAGAAGGCCCUUUCACCACCUUCUCGGCUGCUUGUCCGGAACGUGCCUUGACACUUCAACUCACCAGGCGCUUCCGUACACCUUCAGCAGACGACAAAAAAGACUCCCACAUGGUAAGCGCCUGUCGGCUACCAUCCUGAAUGUCCCAACCAGGACAUUCUCGCCCGCUGCUUGCAGCUCGCACCUCGUCCGGCGAUGCCUCCAAGGAUGGCGCCAGCAACUCCAACAACUCCAGCGCUCCUGGACCGACGAGACCCCCGAGCGGCCGUCCCAAGCGCACCCUCAUCGAAAGCGCGUGCUCUGCUUGCAGGCGCAGAAAAUCUCGAGCCAUCUUGCUCGAGAUGCCAGAAUCUUCGCACCGAGUGUCAAUACGAAGCAGAAGAAGGCGAGAGUCGCUGGUCCGCCCUUCGGCGCCGAAAUCAGCUGCUCGAGCAAGAACGAGAUCACAUCCGCGAGUUGCUCGCCUUCGUGCAGACCCGACCAGAAGCUGAGGCCCUGGACAUUUUCCAACGCAUUAGGACGAGCUCAUACGACGACAUCUUCCUACUUCUGCGGCAAGUGCGUGAUGGCGCAUAUGGAAUCCAGCCCAACAUGCAACAGCACUUGCCUCCUGGACCCCCGCCAGGCAAUGCCAUCGACCACCGACUGCCUCCUAUCCAAGCCAUCUUGGAAGUGUCAUCGCGCCCGGGCGUCAAUGGUCCCGCGCACGCUCAUCCCAAUCACGCCCACCUGGCCCACAGCCACUCCAUGAGCUCCGAGGAGAGUAGGAGCUCCUCCAUCCCGGACUACCAGCAAGCCGGAGCACCUCACAUGCUCUCGACACUGGAACCGAGUCCACACCAGGCUCGUCACCAAACGGCGCCACAUCACUCCACAAAUACUCCGCCGCUAAUUGGGCCCAAGCCCAGUCUGAGCUCUGAAGAGAGCACAGGCUCCGUCAACUCGAACACCCCAGGGUUUGGUAUGGAUCCUUCGAAACCGUAUCAGACUCCAUGACUAUAUGGUCCGCAUCACAACAUGGAGUUUGACGGCCACGACUCAAUAGCAGCGGGGCACAAAAGGCUCAAACUGGCACCAGAACUCUGGACAGCAACUUGACGACAGCUCGGCACACGACGGCGUUCCACACGUGCACAGCUCUCGCAAUUCACCAAUAGUCUGGGCGGAGUGAACAUGCACUCGUCAGCUCUUCGGCUGCGCUUCCGGACAUCGCUGCAGCAGCCUGCAGCAUGCCAGCAGAGCUUUGGAUUUCAACAAAUUAAGUCAGUGCUAUACGACUCUCCCAAAACAACUUAGACUCUCGGACGUGGCGCCUGCAGCUGGGAACCAUCGGCUCGCGAGGCGCACAUCGAAAGCGGGUCCGCAGGAUGCCAAUACUUUUCCAACUCCACCUCUAUCGCCGCCGUCAAGAAACAGUCUCUCGGAUCGCGCGCCGCUUUUGACGCGCUAUGCUCACAAGAGCACUUGUACUGUUCAUCACUCAACUGACUGCAUGUCUUCCCUAACGGGAAUUGCAAGCCGCGAGCAGAACCACAGUAUGUGCGCAUCAUCCGUCAUCUGCACGCAUGUGAACGAAGAGAAGAAAAGAAUUGGGGGACACAAAAAAAAAAAAAGGGAAACGAGUCAUGCGGCGCAUGUACUAGAAGUCACGAGUCUUUUAGGGCUUUGACCUUGUCGUCGAUCCCUUUGAACUCUGAGACUACUAUAAGUAGCCUAGUGGUUGUUAUUCGGAUCACGGUUUGCGUGCGUAUGCCGCUAACUUUUCACCCGGCCGACAUGCGAGCCAAAGUUAUGCACUGCGAUGGAAAUCCUGCCACCACUUCUCAUGUAAUAAGCAAGAGAUGACCCG